GACCGGAAGUUGAGGGGGACUUCCGGGGUCAGCCUGUGGGCCGCCUCGAGGCGUUGCGCGGUUCUGGGAGCGGCUGCGGUGGGGGAUGCUCGCGCGCGCGCGCGGCUCCUCCACGUUGCAGCCCGCGCUCCCGCCUGACUCCGAAGUCCCCGCGGUCCCAGCCAUGCCCAGCCUCAGAACUCGUCCUGGAAAGGCAGAGAUGGAGCCCUCAGUUCCUGGACCAUCCCCUCGGACCCCCGGCACCCAGGUCUCUGUGAGUGAUGCUCCUGCUGUGACCCACCCUGGAUCUGCACUUCAUGGUCCCCUCAGCUGUGGUGACACUGAGCCAGGAGCCACCCCUCCACACCAUCAGCUGGCAGAUUGGGACCUGAGGACCGAGGGCUCACAGCUUCUUCAGAAGGAAGACGCUUCUGAGGAUUUGGAAUCCCAGGCGGGAACAUCAGAAGAUUAUGUGGGUGCUGGUUCCCAGGCCCCUGAGCGUGGAGAGCUCUGUGCUGACGUGCUAGGGAGUGACUGGGGGGUCCCCCAGGGCGAGGGGCUGUCCCUCUGCCAGGAGGGGGGCUUCAUGCCUGCGUACCUGCUCCCCGGCAGCCCCUUAGAAGAGCCAGAGAUGGACACCGAACCCUUGGAGAGAAACUUUGGUCUCAUCAUCACCCCAGUGGCCUCUCCGGGCGAGCCAGAGGAAGAGACGCCCCAGCCGUUCGACGCAUGUGACCAGAGCGUCCACUGCGGCAUGGACCUGGCCGGCCCCGAGGGUCUGCACGCAGCCGAAAGCUCGUUCAUAUGCGGCGAGUGCGGGGAGUCCGUCGGCCUGCACGCGGACCUCCUCAGGCACCGGCUCAGCCACCGCGGGGAGAAGCCUCACGUGUGCGCCGAGUGCGGCGAGGCCUUCAGCCAGAGCGCCAGCCUCGAGAGCCACCAGAGGUCCCACGAGCCGGCUAAGCCCUUCCAGUGCAGCACGUGCGGCAAGGCCUUCGGGCGGAACUCGAGCCUCAUCAAACACCACAGGGUCCACACCAGGGAGAGGCCCCACGCGUGCGGCGAGUGCGGCAGACCCUUCAGCCGGUUCUCCAACCUCGUCAAGCAUCGCAGGGUCCACACGGGCGAGAAGCCGUACAGGUGCAGCGAGUGCGGCAAGGCCUUCAGCCAGAGCUCGAGCCUCCUCCAGCACCGGAGAGUCCACACCGGGGAGAAGCCCCACGUGUGCCCCGUGUGUGGCAAGGCCUUCAGCUACAGUUCCGUGCUCCGAAAGCACCAGAUCAUCCACACGGGUGUGAAGCCCUACUCGUGCAGCGCCUGCGGCAAGGCCUUCAGCCACAGCUCCGCCCUCAUCCAGCACCAGGGCGUGCACUCGGGCGACAAGCCCUACGAGUGUCGCGAGUGCGGGAAGACCUUCGGUCGCAGCUCCAACCUCAUCCUCCACCAGCGAGUUCACACGGGAGAGAAGCCCUACGAGUGUGCCGAGUGUGGGAAGACCUUCAGCCAGAGCUCAACGCUUAUCCAGCACCAGCGAAUCCACAAUGGCCUGAAGCCCCACGAGUGUGACCAGUGCGGUAAAGCCUUCAACCGCAGCUCCAACCUCAUUCACCACCAGAAAGUCCACACUGGGGAGAAGCCCUACACGUGCGUGGAGUGUGGGAAGGGCUUCAGCCAGAGCUCGCACCUCAUCCAGCACCAGAUCAUCCACACGGGAGAGAGGCCCUACAAGUGCGGUGAGUGUGGGAAGGCCUUCAGCCAGCGCUCGGUCCUCACCCAGCACCAGAGGGUCCACACCGGUGAGAAGCCCUACGACUGCGAGGCCUGCGGGAAGGCCUUCAGCCAGCGGUCAAAGCUGGUCAAGCACCAGCUGAUCCACGCCAGGGAGUGAAGCUGCUCGGCUCGGCCACAGCCCCCCCACCCCCAGCUGGGCUCCCCGCCGGCUCCUCCCGCCCCCAGGCCUCGCUCCCCUGGCCCCGCACAAGCCCUGCCCCUGGGACCCAGCUUCUCUCCUGUGGUGGUGUUCUGUUUUGUUAUCAGACUGCCUGUGUGUUAGGAGGGAAGAGAUGAUGGGGCUGCCAGCUUAGGAGCAGAGUGCGUUCCCUUCCCAGUGGUCGGUAACCAGCAGAGUAAACCGAAAUCUGUGUGGAGAGAAACACAGUGGCCUUUCGUCUGGUCACUGGUCUCAGGGAGUGAGGUCCUGGUCGAGGCCACACUUGUUUUCUCUUUACAUAAAGUCAGAUCGAGAGUUUUUCAGGAGUUCCCGUUGUCUGAGCAGUGAUGAACCCGACUAGUAUCCAUGAGGAUUCGGGUUUGAUCCCUGG